GGCUUGAACCAGCUAGGCAGCGACCCUGCAACCUGUACCCGGCAACAAAAAGCGGAUACAGCCCGGAUCCAAGCACGAGCUAUCCUUGCAAAGAGAACGGAAAGGAACUUUAAAGCUCGGUUCCCUCCCGUCGCCGCACGCGUUAAACCCUUCAAAUUUUUAUUCUGAACGACUGGACAUCUGACCUCAAGUAUCCAAUUCGGAUCCGUGAAAGUCUUUGUCUUCGUUGUCUGUGAUAUUUUGUUUCUGCGUUUGAUUUUAUGCGCAGAUAGGACUCAGUUGAAUUGAAGAUGUUCCUUACCAGGACGGAGUACGACAGAGGUGUCAACACCUUCUCUCCCGAAGGGAGAUUGUUUCAGGUCGAAUAUGCCAUCGAGGCUAUCAAGUUGGGUUCGACUGCCAUUGGUUUGAAGACAAAGGAAGGGGUCGUGCUUGCUGUCGAGAAGCGAAUCACUUCACCUUUGCUGCAGGGAUGUAUCAAUCUUACAAAUCUCCGUCAAACUUCUUGGUGUGAUGUGAUUCUCAUAAGCAAUUAAAUAUACAAAAAUUGCUCAAAUUGAAAAGAAGAAAAGAAAAGGAAGCAUGAUGAUAAGUAGUAGGGGCUUACCUCUUUUUAAUGGUUUAACCCAAAUGUAUGCAAAGGUUCUUGAAUCUCCUUCCCAUCUUGUCAUGGGAGCUUAGACGAAUUAAGGAGAGGUUUGAAUCUCCUAAGAUUUGUAAGUUCUUGAAUAAAUUUGAAGCAUUCUAGCAAUUUCGACUCA